AUGGACAAACUAGCUAAACCCCGUUCUCUGAAGGAAAUAGAAAAACACCUGAGAUCUGAAUCCAGCAAAUUUUAUGAUAAUAUUCCUAGCCAACUUAAAGAUGACAUCUCAUCUUUUAUUUCUUCCAAUAAGGAGCAUUCUCUAGAAAUCUUGAAUCCGUUGAAAAAUGUAGAAGAUUCGAUAGAACUAGGCCCAGAAGAAAAAAGAGCGCUUAAACUCCUUAUUGCAGCACAUAGUGUCCAAAUUUAUAUGAAAAAUGAAGAAUUGUCAGAUAAGAACAUUUUGGAAUGCAAGAAAUAUUUGGAAAUAUUAUCAAUAGAAGGAGGAAUUAAUGUAAUGAAAAUAAAUCAAGAAAUAAUUGAUAAAACCAAAGAAAUGCGUGAAGAGCUGGAGGUUGGGCCUGAAAAACUGACAAAAACACUUUCAGGUAUUUUAACUUUACCAUCUCUUGAAGAUCAACAACGAGAUGAAAUUUUGAACUUGAUUAACGAGCUUGGAAAUGCAGAUUUGCCAGAUUUUAAUAAUCCUCUUAGUGAGGAAAAAAAGGAGAUUUUUGAUGAAAUUUCACUAAACAUGGAAGCAGCUCAAAGGUAUGUCGCCUAUGUUAAAUCUCAAGAUGCCAAAAAAUUUCCAGGCCUAGACCCUGAUUUUCUAAAUGAAUUUUCUAAGUUGAUUUUAAAAUGCACAGACCUCGAAGAACUUAAUGCUCUCUCAACUAUGGUAAAUAUUCUAUCAUUAUAUGGCAGUAUAGAUCAUAUUAGCAAGUGUUUGCAAUUUAAGGUAAGAGCAGCAUUAUGGAAACCCUUGGAAGAUAUUGAUGCCCUUCAUUGUCUUGUAUUAAGAUUGAAUCUUUUAAAAGCUCUUAAAUAUUAUUCCAAUAUGGAAAGUAUUUAUGAAUCAAUCUGCAUUAAUGGGUUAGAAAUUAUUAAGGACUUUGAAGCUGCAGAGCAAUUUAUGACUGCAAUUUGUGGAAUCCACCUUCAAAAUGAUGCUAAAAUAAAGCUGCUUGAUUUAUAUGCUGAUAGUCAAAAUUCCAAGAUCAGAGCAUAUAUUGAUAUCCCGAACUUGAAAAUCUGCAGCCCUGAGCAAGUUAAUUUUGAUUCUCAGCUGUAUAAUGAUUGUUCGCGCUCUAACUAUUUGCUAAAUAUAAAUAAAGUCGCUAUUUUCUUGGAUGGAAAAAGGAUGUCUGCAGUCGAUAAAUGCUACUCAACUCGAUCAUUUCAAGAAUUCAGCCAGUUUAAAGAUGAAAUUCAAAUUUUGAGAGAAUUUCAUGAUACCGGUGAUAAUACAUUUUUAAAGCUUUAUGGCUGCUAUUACAAUGAAAAUACAGAAAAAGCUGAUCGGCCGCAUGAGCUGCAUAUAAUUAUGGAAUUUUGUCCAAGCACACUUAAUGAAGAAAUUCAAAAAAGAAAAGCCAAAAAAAAGUAUUACAGCGCUCAAAAAAUACUAACUCCCCCCCUCCGUGAGUGAACAAAAAAAAUUUUGUUCACCCACGGAGGGGGGUUAAUUUUUUUUUCGAAAUUUAAAAACAUCCUGAUUCGCAAAAAUUGGAAAGCAAAUCUUAAUUUAAUUUAUAAAAUUUAUGUUUUAAAAAGCAAUUUGUUUAAAAUUAAACUGAAUUAACUCGAGAUUUCAUUAUAAUAAUUAUCAAUUAUAUAUCAAAUUUUUUUGGUAUAAAAUAUUUUUCUAUUAAAAAAAUUUUUAUCCACGGAGGGUGGUUUUUUGGCAAAAAAUAAAGAUUUUUUCUAAUGGUUUUGUUCACUGACGGAAGGGGGGAGUAAAAUAUUUAGAUGUUCUCGCUAGAGGGUAUAAUCUAUUAAAAACGCGUAGAAUAGUUCACAGAGACAUAAAGCCAGACAAUAUUUUUAUUGGACAUGACAAGCGCUUAAAAAUUGCUGAUUUCAACACUUCUAUUAAGGUAGAUCAUACAAUAAACACAGUUAAUUUUGAAGAAAAUUAUACGAUUUCUGGAACUACUAGUUAUUUCGCCCCAGAAAUGCUUCGAGCUUAUGAACUAUACAAAAGACACCAAGGAGAUAGAAAAUUUAUCCACAAUCCUUUAAAAUCUGAUGUGUUUUCAUUAGGCAUCACAUUAUUAGAAGCCGCUACAUUAGAAAAUAUCAAAGGUUUGAACUCUUUUAGUGAUUCCAAUCUGCAAGAGCACAUAAAUAGAUUUAUUAAUGAGAAGAUACAGGACGAAGAUUUAAACCGGAUUUUGAAAUCUAUGCUUCAAGUUGACCCAGAGAGGAGACCUUCUUUCAGAGAUUUGAUUAUUGCGAUUAUACCUUAGCUUAAUAUCUGGUGUUUAAGGUGUCUAGUGCCCCCACUCUAAUAAAUAGGGAUAUAGCUAAACUAGUGACGUCGCCGAGCUAUCUUGGAAGCACGGUGGUCAGCCCACUGGCCAAGCCUUCUAUCAAAGCUUCGUCGCCAGUCUUCGCUGCACAUCUCACCCGGCGCGUUGCCGUUGUCCUAACUCAUCUCCUGAGCGUGUUCCGCCUAAGGGUCAUCCUCCCGUGGGGAUGUGCUGAGGGUAAAACCCUGAGCCUCUUGAAGCACUGAAGAGAAGUUCCUUUGGUCAUCCCCAAAGUUAAACUGCUGUUGCUGUGCAGAAGUUCUCGAGGGAAAACCUUACCCCAUGAAUAAAAUUCCAUGAGGGAGAGAAAAUUAGCGGAGCUGAUUUCUCUCGAACCGAAUUCCAUUUAUUUUAUGAUUGCGAUUAUACCAGUUUUAAUUCACUAUAGCCACCUCAACUCUAUAAUAAAUAGAAACAGCUAAGCAAAAUUUAUUCAAUGAAAAUUGGUAUAGUAAUGCAAAACCGACGGAAGGUUAG